AAUACAGUAGUGCAGAUUAGAAACACUGAGACGCUUCCGUGUUCGUCUUCUUCUUCGGUGGAUUCUUCUCUGUACGAACUGUAGUGCCUCCAGCGGUGCAUUCGUCACAUCUGAGAUUACAGCUAAUAAUGAUUUGAAGAAACACCACAACGAUGAGCAAAAAGACCAAGAAAACCAACGUCAACUUUGGCAUUAACGUUAAUGUUAGCUGUUAUAUCUGCGGUCAGCAGUACAAACAGAAGGUUAUAGAUAAGCAUAUGCAUUCUUAUUUCCACCAUGAAGCAAUUGAGAAGAUCAAGGGCAGUGAACAGCUGCAUAAGUGUUGGGCAUGUGAUGUAUCUGUGAUGGGACUAGAGCAGUACAAGGAGCAUAUUGCUGCCCAAACGCACACACAAAAUCUGUUUCAACUCCAAGAUAAAAGACAUAAAAGAAAACCUUUUAAAGCGGACUACAAUGUUGACAUGACUGAUAAUGACCUUUUUGAUCUAAGAAAGCAAGACAGGAGAGAACGAAAAGAUCUGGAUAGAUGUUCUAUCUGCCAUCAUCGGUUCCCUGAACAGGAGUGGGACAAACAUAUGCACAGUUAUAUCCACCAUCAGACAGUUGAGCAAUUGAAGGGCAGUGAACACGAGCAUAAGUGUUGGGCCUGCGAAAUGACUGUGACAGGAAUAGCAGAGUUUAAGAAGCAUAUUUCCACCCAAUAUCAUAAAAUGAAGCUAUCAGAAUUGACGAAAAAUAGAAAACUUGGAAAAAAUACAGUGGACUACAGUGUUGAAUUUAAUGAGCUUAAAGACCUUUGUUCACAAAGAGACCAUGAAAGAUUUAUGAAAAAGAAAGAGAAAAUGAAGAAGUGGAAAGCAAAAAGGCAUAAGUCAGUGAGGUUAAUUCAGAUAAGAAGCACAGCUGAGAACGAGCAUUGUACAACACCUUUCACGGUGAAUGAGGAGUUCGAAGCUAACCAGUUGCCACCAUCAUUCCAUUUCAAUUCCUUUUGGGAAAAUCAAAAUGACCAUCCAGCAUCUAUCCAGCAUAACCAAAACCUGCCUACACAGAGACAAGAGAGCAUGCUUGACGUGGACAGAUCAAAUGAGCCGCUUGUGAAAAGGCCUUGUCUUGAAAGACCAUCAGAAAAUAUUCCUCAAGCAAUGUCUGCUCAUGGCACUCGUCCCAACCGGGAUGGAAAAGUUACAGAUGUUUGUGUGAACGACGUGACUCCAGAAACUAAAUCUGGUGCUGCUGCUGAGCCGACAUGUUCCCCUGGACUGGUCCAAAGCAGGAUGGAGGCCAACAUACCCAACUUGACAGCAGCAAGGGGAGUUUGUUUAACACGGAAGGCAGCAGCUGGGAAUGAAGCUGUUGUUCUUAAUCCUCCACUACACACUUGUUCCAAAAAGUCUAUGUUAAAAGUAAACAGAGCAGCAUCACAGAGUGAACACAGCAUGACCAGAGAUUGUAUGAGUGGACAAGAACCAUACGCAGAUUUUCUUCCGCCUGUAACUGUCCCGGCUGAGAUGUUCGAAAUUCGGCAUAAAAAUCACCAUAUCAACAAAAAAAAAAACAAAUCAAAUGAGUGUGAGACAGAACAGGGAGAAACAUCACUGGAGCAUCACAGCAGCUUUAAAGCCAUCUCCUGCAACGUCCAGAAAACCAAGGCAAAAAAACAAGACGAUUCACAUGAUCUGAAUCCUGAGACAAACGACAAAAUAUCCAGAAAAAGAAAAGUGAAUAAGUUGAUAUCGCUGUCUUUGAAAGAAGAGGAGUUAUCCAGCUCUUUGGAGAAUGUAGGUGAGCAGCUGUUCCAGGCCUACUCCACCCUGCAGAGCGCAUUCACAGAAGUUCAGCGUCUACUAGCUGUUAAACAAGAGGUAACCUCAGAAAUGGCCUCGCUCAGGGCAAAGCGCAUUAAGAUUCUGCAGGAUAUGAAGAGUCCUGGUGACGAGCAGGAGGUGCUAAAUGAAUCUUGACAGCUUUGUGAACCUCUGAUGAAAGGAUUGGACUCCAGUAACCAAAUGAGCCUCACAGAGCAGCUGGAACACAGAAGUAUUUGAUGCUCAACAUACCUCUCAGUACACUAAAUUGAGCUCUGUGAGCAAGUACCGCAUUGCAAAGCCCAUAACUGCACUAUUAGAACAGACUUUAAUUCUAGUUUUAUAGUAGUUUUAUGGCAAAUCACAUUGGAUUGUGCAUUAACCAUCCUUUUUUUUGCUCCGAUUCUGGCAUGAAAAAAUUUAAUUUCUAUCUUGACAUGUAAAAAAAAAAAAGUUUGCUUGCCUACAGUUUUGAAAAAAAUGACAUGAAAGGAGAUGUUACAGAGUCCAACAAAUUCUCCAUCCAGCUGAAGAUUCAGGUCAGUUAAGAUUUUCAGAACAGCAGUUAAGUUGUGUGUAAUCAUAGUAAUCAUCUGUGUUCUUGCUACUCCAGCACAAGAAGUUUUGUUCAUACUCACGGUUAACCAUAUGUUUGCAGUCAUGACACACAUCUAUUGUACUAUUAUGUGCUGUUUGUUUAUGCUUUGCAAAUCAUGGCUAUGGUAACAACUGGAAUAGAACAGUGCAAUGUUGUACACUUUAUUCAGUUGAAUUAUUUACAGUUGCACAGUAGCACACACAUUUUCCAAGGAUGGGUUCAAAUGAGUGUCAUUUUAGGCAUGACAUUUAAUUUGACAACAUUCUGUCACCUUAACGGGAUAGUCGACCAAAUAAGUGCUUUUUAUAAGACAUAAAUGAGCCAUCGUGGUCCGUUCCGUAGCUCAUAGUCAAUCCAGUUUGUUCUAGACCAGCAUUUGCUGAAGAAAGAACCUGCAGUGGUGUACAGUACAAUUGAUUCGGAUCCAGACCUUUCUCCACUUAAUGGAAGUUGAAAAUGGGAAAAGACCACUUGCUUUCCACCAGGCUGACCUUAUAUCUGUGUUUGUGUCUUUAGGCAUACAUGGUCAGUUGAAGCCACU